CGAUAGUAGUCGGUGAGCGUACAACAACCUGAGAAUCUCUGAUAAAACGUUGAAGAUGUCCUGGCGUCGGGAUUUUAGAAAGCUGAUUCAAGAGGAGGGUUCUGUUAAAAAAACCAUCAUCACUGGAUUAGCCGAGAUGAUGGGUACAUCAAUAUUGUUGUUCCUUGGAUGCAUGGGAUGUGUUAGCGGUCUUGGUGUCAUCCCACCUCAUUUACAGAUCACAUUAAAUUUUGGCCUAAGCGUUAUGAUCGUUAUACAGUGCUUUGGACACAUUAGUGAAGCUCACGUUAAUCCCGCCAUCACAGUCGGUUCAGUGGUACUCGGCAAGAAAACCAUCCCAGAGGCCUUGGUUUAUUUGUUGGCUCAAACGUUAGGCGCCGUCUCGGGUUAUGGCAUGUUAAGGGUGGUUACACCUAAGGAGAACUUAACAUUGGGAGGAUUAGAUGAUGCCGACAAAUUAUGCGUCACCGAUUUACACCCAAAUGUAUCAGCGAUUCAAGGACUUUUAAUCGAAAGUUUAUCUACUUCGGUUUUGAUGUUGGUCACCUGUGCACUUUGGGAUUCGAGAAACGCAAAAAAUACGGAUUCUGUGCCGUUAAAGUUUGGUUUUACGGUUGCAACCUUAGCCACAGCAUUUGGCCCUUAUACUGGUUGCAGUAUGAAUCCAGUUAGAUCGUUGGGACCAGCUAUUUGGAACAAUCAAUGGAAUCAUCAUUGGAUAUAUUGGUUUGGUCCAAUCGGAGGUGCUUUAUUAACUUCGAUAUCUUAUCGCAUGAUUUUUGGUGUUCGUCAUUCAAUGGAAGAGGAAAAUAUACCUGAAAGAGUAGCUCUUAAUAGCAUCGACAUUUCUCAAAAAACAGAAAUUAAGGAGCAACCUUGAUUUUAUUCCCUGGAAUAAACUCUCAUGGAAAUUGGCCAAACUACUAUCGUCCGCCAUUUUGAACAACGUCCUUUUCGAGAUUCUCGAAUGUGUAAUGUUCAAAAGACAACAGAGAAAUGCCAGGAAAGUUAGCAACGAGAUGGGACGAGAUGUCUGUUCAAUAGUCACUGGCCUACUAACAAAGUAGCAACGUUAAAGAAGGAAUGAUAAAACUUAGAAGUCUCAAUAAUUGUUGGAAAUAAGUUAUUCCAUUAUAAUAAUCAUACGAUAUCUAAUACUCGUAAGUCGUUUUGACUUGCGUGGACUGACGAAAAAUCAUUUUUCAUAACGAGUUUAUGGAAUCUUUUUUUUUUUUUUUUUUUUCAAUUCAUCUCAAUCUCCUUCUCAUCGUUUAGAUUUUUAAAAAUCAUUAAUCUUUCUUGCCUUUUUUUUUCUUUCUUUUUUUUUUUUUUUUUUUUAAUAAUGAACAAAUUCAUUCGCACGAAACAGGAUUCACUAAUAAUAAGAUAUUAUUAGAAAUACAUAGAAAAUGUUAUAUCUAAUUUAAUCGUAAAUUGUACGUAAUUUUGUUAUUACUGAUCAUAAUUCGAUGUUUCGACGAUCGAUUCAUUCGAAUGAUAGCAGGAAUACGUAUUAAAUAUGUAAGCGCACGAUAUUUCGGUCAAUAUUUCUUUUUUUAUUUGAUUCGUAAUUUUUUUUUCUUUUUUUUCAAAGUAGAUUCCAAUAUAAAAUAGUGCUCGCUAAAUAAUUAAAAUAUCGCUACGCUAAACAAUGAGAUACGUUCGUACGAUACUUUUAUUUUCUGUGUUUCUCGUUAGUAUUAUUUGUAUACUAUCUGCUUAAAUUAUCACCUGAUAAACUCAUAUAAUCGUCCAACUGCAUUUUUAUUUUUUUUUUGUUCUUUUCUAUAUUUUUUCCUUGGCCAUUUUUUUUUACAAAAGAAAUUUUUAACCGACGAUGAAAUAUUGUAUUUAAGAAGCAUUUGUUGUAUUUCUUUCUCUUUUUUCUUUUUUUUUUCUGUUAGUCCUGACGAAUAAAGAACGUUAUUUUUAAUUAAUGUUUAAGCCUAAUUAAGUUAUACGUCUUGUACAAAUUUUCUUAAUGCAUUGAAAUUCAGGAAAACGCAACAAUUUUUUACUUAUUACGAGAUUAUCCAAUUUUUGAUUUGCCCUUGUAACAAUGUGAAUAUUCAACGAUCAUGUAAUCAUGGUUGCAUUGGUCGAAGGCGCAAUUGUUUUAUUUAAGCUUCUCAAUUUGUUUCAAGGCAUUAAAAAAAAAAAAAAAAAUCGAUAAUUUGGUGACGAGAAAUGAAAAAAUAUAAAAUACAUAUAUACAUAUGUACAAUAUUUACAAGUGAAAAAUUAUUUGCAAUUAAAUUAUUACGCUUUACUUAGAAUUCGAAUUUUGUAACAUUUUCAGUACAAUAUUCUUUAAAAAUGUCAAAUGGAAUAUUCACGUAUAUAGUUAUUUUAAUACUUUAAAUUAUUCGUGCAAUGAAAAAAAAAAAAAAAAAAAAAAAAAAAAAAAUCAAAUUGCUUUUUGCUUGCCAAAUAAUAAAAUAUUUCACGCAAUUCGUAUCCUCGGGAAUAAGAUUAUCGUUAGAUUUUAAAAAGAUGGGAAAAUAAAAUGGUUGGAAUUCGAUUAUGAGAAGGAAAACAUUUCCUUUUUUUUUUUUUUAUCACGAAAUCUCACAUGCGAAUUUAUUUGUAUGUGUGGUGUAUUAAACGAUUUUACGAACGUUACGUAGCAACGUUCAAAUUCGAUGGUGGAUUGUUAAUUUGCUCGUUUUUGUCGCUCACCGUGUGACCAAUCCGAUCGAUAAAGAGAGAGAGAAAGAAAGAGAGAAAGCUCAGCUUUUAACCAGAAACAUAAAAUCAUGUAUUUUACGAGCUUUUCUCUUUCUCAAAUUCUCCUCUCUCUUUCUCUCUCUCUCUCUCUCUCUCUCUUUUUCUUUCUUCAUCGAAAUCACCCUCAAGCGACUACUUGUAACAAUAACUUUUAUUCGUACCAAUGCGUUAUCAUCAUCUCUGAUGUAUAUAUAUUAGAUAAUUCUAAAAAUUUGAUAAAGCAUUUGAAUUACGCGCGUCAUAAAAAGUAAAUGGCCUUGGUAACAAUUUUAUCGAUUCGAUUUUAGUUAUUGAUCGUUCCUCCUUUCUUUGAUAACUCAAAGAAUUCCUGACGUAUAUUUUAUUUCCCUUUUUUCUUUUUUCCUUUUCAUUUCUUCCUUUUCAUUUAUCGAAUCCUCAGAUUCUUAUCAUUAUCAUCACAUUUUUAAAUUAAAUAUAAUAUAAAGAUAAAUUAUAAUAAGAUUUAAAAUGAAUCGAUCUAUUUACUAAUACCGUAGAAUAAUAUAUACAAAAUUUUACAAUAAGCUAUUCGUAUAAAUUUAACCUUGAAUGUGAAGAACGAAUUGUAAGGAGGAUCUCGAAGUUAUUUUCAAGGUUACCAACGAUAGAUUGGGGUUGGAUCAGAUGAGAUUGAGCAAUAAUUAAAGCAUGGUUCGUCGAGUCUAAGGGCUUGGAGAAGAUUAGUCUAUUCGAUUAGUCACGAAGGAAGUUUCUCGUCACGACAUACUGUAAAUACAAGUAUACCGUAUUAUAUAAUCGUUUCACCGAUUCAAUGCCCUUUCGUAUUGUUGAACUUCUUUUAACGAAAUUAAAACAUAACCUACGAUUUACGUGCAUGAUAAUGCUUAAUCCUCACUUAAUCACAAAUUAUAUCCGAUAAUUACGAAUUUAUUUUUAAUUUAAGCAUACAAAAAAAUUACUUACGAAGAAGAGCAACGCAUGCGUGGUCAAAUUUUUCGAAAAAGAAAAAGAAAAA